GUUAGCAAAACCCACAUUAUCUUUCUCACGCACGUGUUGUAACUGCUGGUAGUUAGCUACACGUACCGUGCGGACUGAGUAUGGGACGCAGAACGUGCUCCGAAUGAUGCUGGAGAUCGAGAGUAGGCCUAUUUGAAUUUAAAAUUAUACUGUGGUUUGAAUAAAAUGGGAGAAUUUCGGGUCCAUCAUGUCAAGUUUUGUGACUAUGUCCCCAGUGCCAUUCAGUGCAUUGCCUGUGACAGAGAUAGUGGGAAACCAUGUGAUAGACUGGCUGUCGGAAGGGAGGAUGGAUCAGUAGAGAUUUGGAGCAUCAAAGACAAAAAUUGGUACCAGGAAAAAGUUGUACCUGGUUCUGAGAAACGGCGGGUGGAUUCCUUAGCCUGGGUCAGUGGUAGACUGUUCUCAUGUGGCUUGCAAGGAGACAUCACAGAGUACAAUCUGAAGACGUGUGCUCCACAGAAGACAGUGAUGUAUGGCAGCGCCUUUUGGUGUAUGAAGCCAAAUCACAGUGGGACUCAUUUAGCGACUGGUGCCGAGGAUGGUUGUGUGAGGCUGUUUGAGAUAGACGAGGAAGGUGUGACCUUUGACCGCUCCCUGGACCCGGAGGAAUGUCGCGUGGUCACAUUAGCGUGGCACAGGUCAGACGAGGUCAUCGUCACUGGGUCUAUCAACACCAUUAGGAUAUGGAAUGUUUCAACAGGUCAUGCCAUCCAGAGAAUCAGCAUGCCCAAGGUGUCGUUGCGCAACAUGCUCACACCGCCUGACACCAUUGUGUGGCAUGUAGCCAUCACUAGCAACUACACCAUCAUCAGUGGCGACUCGACGGGGAAAACACAGUUCUGGAAUGGACGGACAGGCACAUUAAUCAAGAGUUUUUUAAGCCACAAAGCUGAUGUCCUGACCCUGUGCGUAAGUGACGAUGAACGAUCGGUUUGCUCAGCGGGAGUGGACCCCACCAUUGCGCAGUUUCACCUGGUGGAUAAAGAUGGCAGCUCAGACACCCUGACGUGGGUUCGGUCUCGUAACCUGAGCGAUCGGGCUCACAGUUUGUGCCACACCCACGAUAUCAAGGCUUUAGUCUUUGCUUGGGACCAGGUGGUGUCUGGUGGUACUGACACUAAUCUACUGGUGAGUCCUGCCGAGAUUGAAAUCACUCAGAAAUCACUGAAACAGCAGACGACGCAGAUCAGAAGACUGAUCCCUGCUCUCCCUCAAAGAUCUCGUGUGAGCUGUGCCCCCGAUGCUGAGUUCCUGCUCUUCCAGUUUCCAGCUCACUUAGAGGUGUGGAAACUUGGGUCAACACUGGCAACUGAAGGCUCUGAUGGAGAAACACUUCCACUGUCCACCCAGCAGGUUAAGCUGUUAGAGCUGAAGGCUAAAAAUGGGGAACACAUUGCCUGCAGUGCUAUCAGCAGCUGUGGCAGAUGGCUGGCCUACUCAGAUGUGGAGCGCGUGCGCAUGUUUCACCUCAACCACUCCCCGCUGUCGUUAUCAAAGGUUCCUGCUUUACCAUCCAGCUUACAUCCAGCUCAUCUAAUGGCAUUCACCAAAACCUCUGAGAAGCUAGUUCUGGCAUCCCAUCAAGGCUUAAUUCAGGUGAUACAGGUGGACAGCAUUCAGCCCACAGUGCAGCACUCAUUCCCUCCAAUGGAAGACUCCAUCAACCAGCUGUCUGUCACCGACAAUGGAAAAUUCAUCGCUGCCGCUGAUAACAAAGGCAACAUCUUUGUCUAUAACUUGGACAGCAGAAAGCUUCAGUGCCGUCUGCCCGGUUACAAGCACCAGCCGUGUGCCUUAGCCAUCAAUCCACACACACAGCAUCUGACGAUUGUCUACACAGAUCGCACUAUUGCAGAAUUUGACUUUAUCCGCAAGGGCUUCAGUGCGUGGACCAAGAGGCUUCACAAAGUGGGCCACCACGAAGCCUGGCUGAGCCGACGAGAGACCAUCACAGCCGUCACUUUUGACCCCAUGGGCCCAGAUCGCAUGCUGUUGCAGGACUCGCAGGCAUUUUAUGUCAUUGAUAAGAAGAAGCCACUUCCUUCACGUUAUGAGAAGCUGUUCAACCGUGGCCUGGGCAGUCCCCCACAAGGAGAAAGUAAACAGCAUGGCUUCAGUAUCUGCCAGCGUUACAAGCCACUACUGUAUGCAGGAUACUUUGGUAAGCCAGGCUGGUUGGUGGUUGUAGAGCGCCCUCUGGAAGACAUCUAUGAGAGUUUACCAUCAACACUUCCAGAGAAGAAAUUUGGAACAUAGCAUGAUGGCAGUCCAGCCCUUACUCACACACACACACCCACCCACCCACACUAUGGACGUGUGUAAGUCCACAGAACAUCUUCCUUUCCUGCAUCGUGUGGACAUCUUUUGUUCACAAGUCCACACUAGGUACAUUGUAUGUAAGGUUAGCGCACCCACUUACGUACAUGCGUGUCUGCAAGCUUGCCUGUCAUGGCACCAUCUCAAACAAUCUUGCUGAUACCUCCACUUGUUACCUCCAUUCCCAGCUGCUUAUGCAAGUUCACUUUACCUGAAACGGUGGAUGGAUUGAGCAUUGGCUUGGCUAACUCAUAAAUUGUCACAUUUUUAAAGGGGGGGGCAGGUUCACCCCUCACAAAGCAAGUGUGGAACCCUACCGUCUUGUUUCUGUCUGGAUUUCUGCACAUGAUUUGGAUCAUGAUAACUUCCAUACAAAGCAGCGGAGGUCAUUUUUACAUCAGCCGCUGCUUGCACUUGUGCAUGGGUGUACAAUGCAUCUUUUUCUGUAUCUGGAAGUUGCACCGGAUGCCGACAUUUUUGUUUGUGAUGACAAAAUUAAUCAUUACCUGAAAGGGCCCAUGUAACGUCAUUUAUUGUCGGUGUUUUCCUUGGAAGUGCACCUUUGUUUCCCAUUUAACCUUAUUUUCAAUAUUUGCCUGUUCAAAGGGCAUGUUGAUGUCUUUUGUGCUAAUGCAGUUUCACGUUUCAGACUGAAACUUCACUGUUACUGCCAUUUCGGAACCAAAGGUUGCCAGGACUUGCAUUAUUAUGUUCAUUACAAUGUUCUUGUCUGUGGCGAUUCCUUAUUUUGAUGUAUUACAAUUAAUGUGAGCAAAGUUUACAACUUCAACGGCAACAGGAUGUUUUGAAAUUGCACUUUGCAGUUACCUGAACCACAAAGGAAAGCUGAGUCAUUUUGACCUGAUUAAGAGCAUGAUGUUGCUCCAAAUAUAUUCUUAAUAAAUUCCUGUCACGGACCCUUUGAAUAUUUUGUCACAGAGUUAUAGCCUCAAUUUGUUUUGCGAUAAAAGUACAUCCUCUACUUCCAGCUUUUGUGCCUUAGGCUAACAACUUCAAUGGUAUUCUGCACACUACUGAUUGAUUUACUUACUGGUGUGUAUUUCGUUUUUGAAAGAAAAAAAAAACAGGUUUCAUGGACAUGGUUUCAUUUACGUCUGAAAUAAAAAGAAUGAAACAAGCAUCAUGCAAAA